AUUAAAUUCAGUUAAAUGAUUGUCUUGCAGACUGUGACUGAGAGUGGUAUUGCAGAUCAGAUGCGGCUGACAGAACUUAUAAUAAAUGAUCAAGAUUUCUUCCGGAAGUUGCUGGACCUAUUUAGGAUCUGUGAAGACUUGGAGAACAUUGAUGGUCUUCACAUGAUAUUUAAAAUAGUCAAAGGGAUCAUUUUGCUCAAUAGUCCUCAGAUCUUCGAGAAGAUCUUUGGAGAUGAAUUGAUCAUGAAUAUAAUUGGUUCUCUUGAGUAUGAUCCUGAUGUUUCUCAUGCCCAGCACCACCGAAAUUUUCUAAAAGAGCAUGUUGUUUUUAAGGAGGCCAUACCAAUUAAAGAUCCCCUAGUCCUGUCAAAGAUACACCAGACAUAUAGAGUUGGUUAUUUGAAGGAUGUUGUUCUUGCUAGAGUAUUAGAUGAAGCCACGGUAGCAAAUUUGAACUCCAUAAUUCAUGCAAACAAUGCCAUUGUUGUCUCUUUGCUGAAGGAUGACAACACCUUUAUUCAGGAGUUAUUUUCAAGGUUGAGGUCGCCUACCAUGUCUAUUGAGUCCAAGAAAAAUUUGGUACAUUUCUUGCAUGAGUUUUGUAGUUUAAGCAAGAGCCUGCAGAUGGUCCAACAGUUGCGGCUGUUUAGGGAUCUCAUGAACGAAGGAAUUUUUGACAUCAUAACUGAUGUGUUGCAGAGUGAGGACAAAAAGCUUGUGUUAACUGGGACAGAUAUUCUCAUUCUGUUCUUAAAUCAGGAUCCAAACCUUCUGCGCUCUUAUGUUGUCCGGCAGGAAGGAAUCACCCUCCUAGGACUUUUGGUUAAGGGAAUGAUAACAGAUUUUGAGGACGACAUGCACUGCCAGUUUCUUGAAAUUCUCCGAAGUUUACUAGAUUCAUACACAUUAUCAGGAGGCCAGCGGGAUACUAUUAUUGAUAUCUUCUAUGAGAAGCAUUUGGGUCUGUUAUUUGAUGUUAUAACAGCAUCAUGUCCUGAAAGGGCAAUUACUAAAUCCGUUGGCACUACUAGAGUUGGAAACCAGAAUUGCACGAAGCCUGAGAUACUGUCAAACAUAUGUGAAUUGCUAUGCUUUUGUGUUCUGCACCAUCCUUACAGAAUAAAGUGUAAUUUUCUCCUUAAUAAUGUUGUAGACAAAGUUCUUUUGCUAACGCACAGAAGAGAAAAAUACUUGGUAGUUGCUGCUGUUCGAUUUAUUCGCACUAUUCUUUCUCGGCAUGAUGAGCAUCUGAUAAAUCACUUUGUUAAGAACAAUCUGCUGAAACCAAUUGUAGAUGCCUUUGUUGGUAAUGGUAAUCGGUACAAUCUGCUGAACUCUGCAGUUUUAGAACUUUUUGAAUACAUACGCAAGGAGAACGUGAAAUUAUUGCUUAGGUAUAUAGUUGAUUCAUUCUGGAACCAGCUGGUUAAAUUUGAAUAUUUGACAUCUGUUCACGCAUUAAAGGUCAAAUAUGAGCAGUGCUUGGAAAGUUCUGGACCAAAAAGUAACGCGAAUGCCAUCGACCCAAGGAGGAGAAUUGAUGAACGGGCUCUAGAGAAAGAGGAGGAAGACUAUUUCAAUGAAGACAGUGAUGAAGAAGACACAACAUCUGCUUCUCAUGCCCAAAAAGUUUCUGCUCAGCCUCAUUCCAAUGGAGUUGCUGCAAACUAUUCAUCUUUAAGCCCGAGACCUGGGGGGCUUGUGGACUAUGACGAUGAUGAGGAUGAUGAAGAUUACAGGCCGCCGCCACGAAAACAGGCAGAAGCUUCGGAGGAUGAUGAGGGGACAAUGGAGUCUCUUAGGUUGAAGCGAAAAAUGGCUUCUAAAGACAAGGACCAUGAGCAAACAAAGAAACAGCGUUUAGGGAAAAGUACAAAGUCGAGGGAUAAUGUAUUUGCUGCUUUAUGUUCUACACUAAGCCAAGCGGUGCUACCUAGUAAAAAGGCUAUUACACAAACGUCUCCCCGGGCAACUGAUGGAAGCAAGAUCUCAGGUGAGGCAAAUCAUCAAGACGAGGAAUCUGCCAGUUCGAGAAAUUGUUCUGAAUCUGGUGGUGGCAACAAUUCAGAUGAUGAGACUCAUAGAGAGAAGGAACUCACUGCUUCCAGAAGCUGUUCUGAUUGCUUGCACACUUCGGACAAUCGGCCAAUAGGUGGAGAAGAUUGCCCUUUGGUACCUCCCAAAUCCUCACCAGAAAUGGCUGUAAACGGAUCCUGAGUCAUUCUCACAUCCUUUAAAGCGUGGUGACUAGUUUUCUUCUCAGUUUUUUGUGCAUUGAUAGUAAAUCAAUCCUGUGCUGCUAAAUGAAAAAUUGGACUUCUCAAGAAGUAAAGGAGAAAAAAAAAGUAGGGGGAUUGCGGUUUUUCUCUGCUUGUCCCUUGUUCGUUUCGUCGGAGUUGGGAGAGGAUACUGUAUAGCACCAUCAAGGGGCAGAAGGAACUGAUACUUAUAAUGUAGGCCUUGUCGACGAUCCGUUCACCAGGCCUUUCUGAUGCUUUAGAGUUGAAUAACUGUUGCAUUUGUAAACAUUCCUCAGCAUUAAUUUCCUUUCUUCAAAGUUUCUUUUUUUGUUUUUUGUUGUUUUUUUGGGUCCUUUUUUUUGCGUCAAUUCGUUUCUAUUUUGUUCCUCUAGCUAUGUGAACCGCAUACCAUAGAAGAGGGCAUCAAUAUUAUGCCCUGCAUAGUUAUCACCUUGUUUGUUCAGUUUUGAUGGUGGAUCUGAUUGUCAUCGUGGAAGAAGGCAUUUAGGAAGUUGAUUAAAAAGGGCAAAUUAUCUGUCAGCUGUAGAAGAAACUCUGCAUUUAUAGACCCCAUUGUAAAUUAGAACUUGCUGUAGUUGCAACUUAAAAAAACUUUUGCAAGCUUCUCUUUCUUCAUUUCCUUUAAAGGUGGAUGGUUAUUCU